AUGAGCAAGAGGAUCCUUGUCGACUGCCACACGCACAUCUACACCAAACGGCUUGUGUCGCUGCUGCGGUCGCGGACGGUGAAUCCACGCAUCCACACCAACUCAACCGAUGGAUCCGAAAAACUCGCUAUUCUUCCGCAGGAGGUCUCCGGUGGACGCACUGUCGGUGCUCAGUACUGGGAUGUGGGCAACAAGGUGUCCUUCAUGAACCGUCACUCGAUCGAUGUCAGCAUCGUCUCGCUGGCGAAUCCGUGGUUGGACUUUCUGGAUGCUUCUCAAGCCGUACUUUCAGCCGAGGAGUGCAAUGCCGAUCUGGAGCAGUACUGUCAUGAGGCUAGCCAACUCUUUUCCUCUUCCGAGACGAGCAGUGAGGUGGAGGCGAAAAGGAGGAUCAAGGCGUUCGGUAUCAUGCCGCUGGCAGAGGGUGUUCAUCCGAAGCAAGUUGUCCAGAGUUUAGAAACGAUUGCACAGUCGCCGAGUCUGUGUGGUGCUAUUCUGGGGUCGCGCGGUCUGGGAAAAGGGUUGGACGAUCCUGUGCUUGAGCCAGUGUGGCAGAAAGCUGCCGAGUUACGUCUUGUGCUGUUCCUCCACCCCCAUUACGGCGUCGGUGCCGAUGCUUCUCAACCGUCGGGUCUAUGGGGCUCGCAAGACAACGGCCACGUGCUGCCGCUCGCUCUUGGAUUUCCGUUCGAAACAGCCGCCGCCACCACGCGACUCAUCUUGGCUGGAGUUUUGGACCGUCAUCCCGAUCUGCGUCUGCUUGUCGCACACUCGGGGGGAGCACUGCCUAUCCUCUCGUCGCGCUUGGCAAGUUGCGUAGCUCAUGAUCCCCGCGUCUGCAACCGUCUCUUACACGACCCGCGUUACUACCUCGGCAAACUCUACUACGAUGCUGUAGCUUACGGUCCCGAAGAACUCGAAGCUGUCGCCAAUAUCAUUGGUCGUUCCGAGAGAUACAAGAGUGGCACAAGCACAAACGCUCCAGUCGUGAAUCAGCUGGAAAAAGGCGUGGACAGGAUCAUGUUUGGUACUGAUCAUCCCUUCUUCCCUCCCACAAAGCAGGACGGUACCGUGAUCACGGAUGACCAGACCGAGACGUGGAGGUCGGUAACGGAAAACUUGGACGCGAUUGACCAUGUUCCGAGCUGGACUCGCCAGGCCAAGUCGAGCGUGUUUGGUGAAAACGCCAUCAAGUUGUUUGACUUAUAA